UCCGGGAAAAGCCCGAGUCAGAAGGAGAGAGUCAGACCUGGCAAACCUCUGGCUAAGCAAAUCCUCGAGCUGCUGCGGGCGGCGCCGGACGGGAUCCUGGACCUCAAUCGAACCAUGCUGACCCUGGAGACCUGCAGCUUUCGAGUGUGGGAAAUCACCUGCGUCCUGCAAGGCAACAACCUCGUCGAGAAGAUGCCGAGGAACAGGAUCAGGUGGAUAGGGCGCGGGCUGAGCUCCAGCUCUUUGAACCAGCAGCACUUUCAGGCAGAGGUGGAGAACCUGAAGGCGACGGAGGAGAAUCUGGACCGCCUCAUCAGAAGCUGCUCCGAGCAGCUCUUUGACCUGACGGACGACGAAGAUAACGCUGCAUAUCCUUUAACAUCAGUGCUGGUUUCUUUAACAUUCCCCUGCACUUUGGCCUACGUGACCCCGGGGGACCUCUGCAGGAUCGAAGCGUUCUGGCAGCAGGAGGUGAUGGUCCUCAAAGCUCCAGAUGGAACCAGUUUAAAGAUUCCUGCUCCCACUGAGGAUUCCAUCCAGUUGCAUUUGAAAGGGAGGAAGGGUCCCAUCCAGGUGCUGACCUGUGACAUCAGGGUUGGAGACUCGAUGGCAGAGGAGAGCGGCCGCUUCUUAACCGUGGAGGAAAGCCGAAGUAAAAGGUCAGCGCCGCACAAAGACUCUGAGGAUUCCUCUCUCCUCGUCUUGCAAAGUGGCAACCCACGGCAACCAGUGGAGCCUCCAUCAAGUAAUGAAGAGGAGUCCAACCAGCCAGAGAGGAGCCAGAGGAGAGAGACUCCUGAGCAGGAUGCUGAGGACCAAACGAUUCAGGGGGAAGAGCGACCUUUCCUGGAGGGAACUUUCAUCACCGUCUUUACAGAAGAACCAUUUGACCCUGAGCUAAAGGAAAGAGAGCCAACAUCCUCACAAGAAGAAAAGGCUCCUUAUGAAGAAGAAGAACCGUCCAACCCUGAGCCUCAGACAGAGGAGAUGGAACUCUGUGGUGGAACAUGUGAGGCGAAGACAGAAGUCAGUGCAGCUCCGUACACGCCACAGGAUGAGGAGUUUCAGGCUCUUUAUAAAGAAGAACCGUCCGACCCCGAGCCUCAGAAAGAGGAGAAGGAACUCUGUGGUGGAACAAGUGAGGUGAAGACAGAUGUCAGCACAGCUCCGUACCAACCACAGGAUGAGAAGUUUCAGGCUCUUUAUAAAGAAGAACCGUCCGACCCUGAGACUCAGAAAGAAGAGAAGGGCGUUGAAUCCACUGAUCAUGGUCCGGACUCUGCACAAAGAGGGGAUGGAGGUAGCUUUGAUGAAGACGACACGCAUGACCCUGCUCCAUGUAGUGACAGAUCCAACUGGGAUGAAGACGCUGAACCUCCUGCCGACGAUACAGCAGCGUCUUCUCCAGAGAGGACAAAUCCAGAGCCACAACCCGUAAACUGCACCGAGCUGGAGGAUGAAGAUUCUACUAACUCUGGAGAACUCGGGAUCGAUGGCGACGCCUUAACUGACUCUGAACCAGGCUCUGAUCAUGAAUCCAUCACAAGCCAAACCCGGAGUCUUGUGACCACAAAUACAACAACAAAGUCUUCUUCUACUGAAGGGGCAACUAUUGAGAUUGUGCUCACCCCCAUGGAAUCGUCCUGCACUCAGAAAAACUACUCCUACGUUUGCAAGACUCCUCAGUCUAAAAUAGCCCAUCACCUCAGAAACCAUGAAAAAAAAGAUCCCGACAUCGCCCAAGCGUUCGCGCUCCCGAAACACUCCAAAGAGAGGAAGCUGUUGUUCAAGAAGUUGAGAAACCGAGGUAACUUUGAACACAACAAAGAAGCCAUGAUCAAUCGGGCCGGACCGGUGAAGAUAAGAAGAAGACCAGAAAGAUCCAACAUCGCUCUGAAUAGCAAAAUGUACGUGCACUGUGCGUAUUGUAAAGCCAUGCUGAUGCGUAAGCUGCUGGGGCGCCACUUGACCAGAUGCCCUUCAAGGACCGGAUCAGAACCGGAGGCGACGGUUCAGCCAGAACCGGAGUCAACAUACUCCCGUCCGAUUUCUCCUGCAGUGUUGAAGAUCCUCGGGAAUAGCAGAGACGAGGUGGCAUCUGUAGCUCGAAAUGACUUCCUCUUGCUGCUGCUGACUCAGUCUCUCUUGGACAAGCAUGGAGGCGAUCCGUCCAAGUUCGAGUACAUCAGACAGAAGGUUCAGGAAAUGAGCCGGCUUCUGUUGAACCUGAGGAGAAAGUAUUCCAUAUCCAGUUUUGAGGACGCCGUAAAGCCGUAAAAUUCCCUCAAAGUCAUCGAAGCCGUCAAAGAAAUAGCCGGUUACAACGAAGAGAAGCAGACGUGUCGCACUCCAAGUCUCGCUUUGAAGCUCGGACUCUCGCUCCGGAAGAUGGGAGCCAUUAUUUUCCGCGGGGCCGGGAACGCACGGAAUGGAAAGACGGUCAAAGAAGCGAAGCAAUUCACAAGACUCUGCGCAAAAGAGCUGACAGGACCCUUCGGCCUCACUGCGCCCCCCGCUACUUCGGGCAAACCGACGUUGAGAAUAAAAACGGCGACCAUACCGUACGCGAAGGAUGUGCAGCUGAUGCACCGGUACCUGGAGAGGAGGUCAGCGGACGCCGCGGAGAAC